GGGUUCCAACAGUGAAUACUUGAGGCUGGGUCGUUGAUUUUCUUCCCUCUUCUUUUCUUGAUUUCCUUUCUGCACUUUCACAAUACUUUUCUCUGGGCCUCAUCAAUCCAUCACAGCAAAAACUGCUUGUGAUAACUCCAAGACAUAAAGGAUUGUAAUAACAACAGUCGGUAAGCAAACUAUCUCUACUCCUUGUGUGGUAUCGAUACCUUGAAUAGUAUCAAUACUUCGUCUUCUCGAGGAAAUAUUAAGAUUUCUCUGCGCCUCGGUUUUUGAGAGGGGUAGAUGCAUAUCGAUCGCAUAUGUAUAUUGAUCUUCGUCGCUAAUGUGAAAAUAGAUUUCAACCACCAUGAAUCUCGUCACUAUCUACCCCACUCCCGAACACGGCAGUCAAGAUUGGCCGCUAGGUGCUAGCUUGAGCAUGCUGAUACCAUAUGAGAUUUCUGCAUAUGACGAUGAACGGAUGCUGUACAUCCACAUUCAAACCUACCGCGGAACACAAGAAUGGAGGAGGCACGAUGCAUCCGCUUAUGUUCCGCUUCCCAACACUCCUCAAUACACUACUGUUGAUCGCCUUCGACGGGCUGCGAGCUUUUGCCGAGCGGCAAUGAUCUCAAUGAUCUCCCUCCAUAAUGAGCGCGCUGCGGUGAACAACAGCAGAGUACUUGCAUUGCAAGCCCAACAACAGAGUAAUGUGUGUACACUCGGUUUAUAAAAUGAGGUUUAUGAAUGAGGAGAAAUAUAGCAACUUUGCUGAUAAUUUUACUAGGACGAGGACGAGGACGAGGACGACGAUGAUGAAGAAGAAGAAGAAGAAGAAGAAGAACAAGAACAAGAAGAAGAAGGAGUAGGAGGAGGAGAAGGAGAAGAAGAAGACGAAGAAGAUGGAGAAGAUGGAGAAGGUGGAGAAGAAGGAGAAAAGGAUGAUGAUUAUGACGAUGACGAUGAUGUUGCAGGAGAAGCUGAAUAGACAAUCAUCAUUGUUGCUAUCCAUGCAAAGCCUGCAAGAGAUGCUGCGGGAAAGAAUUUCAAUCGCGACUAGGAGAUAGAGUGAGGGGAGGGAGAGGAGAAGAACGCAUGGCGGUGUAUUGUGAAAGCUAUCCCUAUGAGGGAAUCAAUCGGGAAAACGACAUAAUGGGAGAUACUUAGAUAUGGAAGGAUAAACGUCGCUUUAAGGGAAAGGAAUACUUCUUUGUACGCCAGCACUAAUAUAAACUCUUCUCUAUUAAUCGUUCA